CGGAGGAGGUCGCACGCCGCGGCCCUGGAAGGAUUUGCAAAGGUGGGUCCCGCUGAUGGGGGCCCGAUUGGAGAUGAGGUGGUGGAGAUGGUGCCUGUGGAAGAGCCGAUUGUGGAUGCGGAGUUUGAUCUCGUUCGAUCUCGGGGAAGUGGCGUUCAUGUGGUCCCGACACCGGCCGGCUGGUUUUCUUGGAAAGAAAUCCAUCCAAUAGAAAAGCACACAUUAGCUUCAUUUUUCAAUGGGAAGUCUGAGAGUAGAACUCCUGAAAUAUACAUGGAAGUAAGAAACUCAAUCAUGAGGAAAUUUCAUGCCGACCCACAUACGCAACUGGAGGUGAAAGAUAUGGAGGAGAUUUCUAUUGGUGACUCGGAAAUGAAGCAAGAAGUUAUGGAGUUUUUGGACCAUUGGGGAUUGAUAAAUUUCCACCCUUUCCCGCCAGAAAAUCAAGAUACAGGGAAUUCAGAUGCUGGUGACGAGAAUAUGACUUCUCUUAUUGAGAAGCUGUAUCAAUUUGAGACAGUGCAGUCCUGUUCUCGCUUUGUUCCCAAGAAAGUGGAGGCAUCAACACCGGCUAUUACUCCUCGCUUCUUUCCAGAAUCUUCUAUUACUGAUGAGUUGGUUGGGCCCGCGGGACCUUCUGUUGAGUACCAUUGUAAUUCUUGCUCAGCUGAUUGCUCACGCAAGCGCUACCAUUGCCAGAAGCAGGCAGAUUUUGAUCUGUGCAGUGAGUGCUAUAAUAAUGAGAAGUUUGGUUCUGACAUGUCACCGUCUGAUUUCAUUCUUAUGGAACCAGCUGAGGUUCCUGGUGUGAGUGGUGGAAGUUGGACAGAUCAGGAAACCUUGCUUCUCUUAGAAGCCCUAGAGCUUUUUGGUGAAAACUGGAAUGAGAUAGCUGAACAUGUUGCCACAAAGACGAAAACCCAGUGCAUCCUGCACUUUCUUCAAAUGCCCAUAGAGGAUCCUUUUCUAGAAGGCAGUGAAGAUGCUGAUGAAAAUACCCAGGAACAGGUGGAUUCUGGUUCAGCCAAUGGAGAAAAUGAUGCAUCAGCGGUUCAUGAAACAAAGGAGGUUGAGAGCAAGGACCAACCUGUUUCUUCUCCAACAGACAUUUCAAAGGACAAAAAUGAUAGUGAAUUUGAGGUUUCUUGUGAAAAUGGUGUAAAUAUUGCUAUUGAUGCGCUGAAGGCUGCUUUUCAGGCUAUUGGUUAUAUGCCUGAACAAGAAGGGUUGCCCUCAUUUGCAGAAGCUGGAAACCCUGUCAUGGCCCUGGCAGCAUUUUUAACAAAGCUAGUGGAGCCCACUGCUGCUUCAACGUCAUUCCGGAGUUCCCUGAAAGCCAUGUCCGAGGACUCCCCUGGGUUACAGCUAGCCGCAAGGCAUUGCUUUCUUCUUGAAGACCCACCAAGUGAUAUGAAGGAAUCGCCUGCCUUAGAGAGUGCUGCUACUGGCACAAGCAAUGGGGACACUGCGAAAGAGGAAAACCAGGCAAAAAUUACUGAUGAAAAUGAUGAGUCAAGAGAUGGCAUGGAUAAGGACGAGGGUAAUGCAACACCUGUUAAAAAUGAACAAUGCUUAUCUAGGGAAAAUAAGAAUUCGUCUAUAGAAAACGAAAAAAUGGUGAUGGAAAUUGAUAAGAACUCGUCAGCCAUGGAAACCGACAAUAGCUCACCGAAAGAAAAUGAGAAGACGGAUCUAGAAAAUGAUAAGAGCCCCUUAGUAGAAAAUCAGAAGAUGAGCGUGAAAAGUGAUAAGAAUCAGUUUAUGGAAAAUGGAAGUAACCUGUCUCCAGAAAACACAAAGAACCCUUCUGUAGAAAAUGGCAAGCCUGCAACUACAGAAAAUGAAAACACAUCUGUCUCUUUGCAGUGCUUGGAUAAACCAUCUGCUGCAAAGGGAUACAAUGUGUCAAUUUUGCCAUCAGAUGGAGCUACUAACGGUACUAAAGAUUUGCCAGAGGCAUCUGCUAACAGCACUGAAGAUUUGGGCAAUCAAACACUGGUGCUGCCCUCUAACCCAAAAGAUUUAGGCAACCCAGUGUUGCCUGGUGAACAAAUAGGUCCUGACUCUACAAUGGAUGGAAGCAGCUCUGCUUCACCUAUGGUGCUUUCCUCUACCAAUCUGAAAGAUUCAGGAGAAAGCUCUUUGCAGGGGCAAGCUGUAAGUACUGCUGCAAAUGAAGGGAAGGAGUCAAAAUUGACAAGUGGAAACAAAGCUGAUUCUGUUAAGGAUUCAGAUAAUCUGGCAUCGGUCAAUGGACUUGAACAAAUGCCGAAUGCAUCAAUGACUGCGGACAAGAAGCCUCCUUCAGAAGACAAGGAAUACAAGCAAAACCCCAGUACUAAUUUAACAGUGGAAAGUAAAGAGGCAUCAGAUGUAGAUGAUAGAAAAGUAUCAUCCAGCGAGAACAUGAAGAGUAACAACUCAUCUGGAGCCAAUGACGACAAGAAUAACUACAGUAUAAUCAAGUUAAAACGUGCUGCAGUUACUGUACUCUCAGCUGCUUCAGUGAAGGCCAAGCUUCUUGCUAAUCAUGAGGAAGACCAAAUCCGUCAGCUCGUCUCAUUGAUUAUUGAGAAACAGUUGCAUAAGCUGGAGGUCAAGUUGGCAAUGUUCGCCGAUAUUGAAAGUGUAAUCAUGAGGAUGAGGGAGCAAACGGAAAGAGCUAGGCACAGACUUAUGCAUGAACGCGCACAAAUAAUUGCAGCGCGAUUAGGUUUAGCUGCACCUGGAAGAGGAAACCCAGGAUCACUACCGACAAACAAAUUAGCAAUGGGUUAUGGAGCUACAGGCCCAAAUCCAAACCCGGGAGCCAUUUCAUCUCAAAAAGCACCACCUAUGAGAAGACCAUGACACUUUCUCCACAUUUAAUGUUCUUGUGUUUAUGAUGAUUGUUGAUUAAAUUUGUUUGACACAGCAGAAGAAAACUGAUGUGUUUCUAAUCUUUCCUAUUUAAUUAAUGUGCCAUAUAUGCCCUCCAUAUCUCUUUUGUAUAGAGUUUGUUAUAAUUCUAUCAUUCUAUUACAUUGCUUUGGUUAA